UCAGUUCAUUUGUCACCUUUUAACUUUACGUGUGGUCGCGGUGGCUGAUCGUUAAAAGACCAACAGAAAAAAAUAUAUAAAAGUUACACAGAUAAUUGAAUAUUAAUAUAUCUGAAAUACAUAAACUGUAACGGUGAUGUACAGAAGUCGUAAGAAGUGCUAAUGAAUGAUUUCAAAGUGGUUCGGUGUGGUAGUGAUUAGGUGGCCUUGCAUUUGACAGAACACACACCCAAUCCAAGGUGUUUAAUUAAUUUGACUGCAAGUUUUCAUUAUCGUUAUCAAUAAGAUAACGAAAUGCAAGCCAUAAAGUGUGUAGUUGUAGGUGACGGUGCUGUCGGUAAGACAUGUCUUUUAAUAAGUUACACAACAAAUGCCUUUCCCGGCGAAUACAUACCAACAGUAUUUGACAACUAUUCGGCAAAUGUAAUGGUAGAUGGUAAACCCAUCAACCUGGGACUCUGGGAUACGGCUGGCCAAGAAGAUUAUGACAGAUUGAGACCUCUGUCCUACCCUCAGACCGACGUGUUUCUUAUUUGUUUCUCAUUGGUCAAUCCGGCAUCGUUCGAGAACGUCAGGGCGAAGUGGUAUCCAGAAGUGAGACAUCACUGCCCCAAUACCCCCAUCAUAUUAGUUGGAACCAAAUUGGACUUGAGGGAUGACAGGUCAACCAUCGAGAAACUUAAGGACAAAAAAUUGUCUCCCAUUACUUAUCCACAGGGUUUGGCGAUGGCCAAAGAGAUCAGUGCCGUGAAAUAUUUGGAAUGCUCGGCCUUAACGCAAAAAGGACUUAAAACAGUGUUCGACGAAGCCAUUCGAGCAGUAUUGUGCCCCGUCAUGCAAGUCAAACCUAAACGCAGAUGUGUUAUCUUGUAACUCUAGAAUAUUAACAAAUUUUUACUUGUUACUACAAUUUUAAACCACAUGUCUCCGUCUUCGGUUAAUGUAUAACAUCCUUUUCCAUUCUUCCUUUGUACUUAUGUAUCUUUAAUUUGGGACACUUGGUUUGGAAUUGUUGGUUAGAUCAGAUUCACAGCAAAGACUACAUUUUUAGGUUUUAACAGGGUUUGUAAUUAAGAACCAAGUUUUAUUUUACCGUAACCUCGUUUUGUUCAACUUUGUUCUCCCGUUAGUUCUCCCAGUUGAAGUCUAAAAAAAGUAUCACGUGAAUCUGCUCCUCAGAGCACAAAGUAACACUAAAUGAUGUGCGUAAAUGUGAUUUAUUAUGUUUUGGAUGAUUUUAAAUAAGUAUAAAGUUACUGCAAUUA